AUGCGUCUGGCAACGGCUAUUUUGAUCUCGACGUUGUCUGCAAUUGUUUGUCAAACCGAAUUGAAUGAAGAGCCGGAAGAUGUGACAUUGCCACAGCCAGAGCUCAAAACAGACGAUGUUAAGAAGUUGUUUCAACCUUUGAUGAGUGAGUUAAUAUUUUAGUUUUUGUUUUUAGUAUUUUAAGGUGUCUUUACCAUUGAGAGAAAAAAUGCUUUUAAAUUUUUUAGGAAUUAUUCAAGAAUCUAAGACAAGAAUGAGCGAAGCCGAAUUUUUGGACGCGUUGAAGCCAGCAGUUCGUAAGUUUUUGUUCUUAUAGCGGAAUUUGAAGAUUAAUUUUAAAACAAUUUUUAAGUAAGACGCUUGUUGAUAAUGUUUCCUUUUCAGGUACAAUCUUUGAAAGUAAUGAAAUCAACAAUGAGACCUUGAGGACAGCUUUUGAGCCUAUUGCAGGUAUGUUUUAAGAUUUUUUAAUAUUAUUUUAGGUAUAUUUUGAUCGUAAUGGAUUAUUAAUUGAUAAGUGUUUUAUAGAGAAAAUUACAAAAGAUACAGGAAACAGUUUCAAUGUAUCCCAAUUUGUUCGUGAAGGUACAGCUGUGGACUUAUUGAACCUUACCCGAGUGGCCGUGACUGCUAAUCCACUUGAUCGAGCUCAAAAUGUCUUGAACAACAUCAAUGACAUGGUUGGAGGCAAACCGAAUUCAGUGUCUGGGCUUUCGGCUUUGAAGAAUUGGGAUGUGAGUUUUACAAAUAAAAAUUUAAUUUAAAAUUUUUUUCAAGGAAGGUUAACAAAAAUGUUAAUUGGAUACUUUAUGUUAAUUAUGACUAACUUUUUAGCUUGGCAGCUUGACAACAAAUCAGAUUGAUUUAGUUCAUGAAGCUUUCAAUCGAAUGACAUCGGACGACAAAGUCGAUUAUCCAUUUAGCUAUGGAAAGCAACAAAUGCAUCUUCAGUGUCAAGUAGUCGACGACAAGGGAAAUACUCAAACCUUCUCUCAAAAUGAUUUGGUUAAGGUUGUUCAGGUAUGCCUUUUAUAACUCAAUUUAAAUUAAAAAAAGUUGAUUUAUAAGCAAUUUGAAAAAUUGGAAAGAUGUUGAUUAUAAAGAAGUAUGUUUGAUUUUUAUCGUUUAGGAGAACGUACCAGAAUUCUUCAACCAGUACAAAAAAUUCACCGAAGUGACCGCCACUCCGCCAAGACCUCGAGUUGUCCCAACCACAGCAGCACCAAUCCAAUUCCGAACUGAUGAAAUGAACAGCGCUUCACGUUCUUACAGUAUUCUUAUUGCUAUCUUACCUACUGUUGCUUACUUAUUAUUGUGA